AUGACCGUCGUCUACUUUGUGUACAGAAGUCAGGAACUGUCCAUCUUCACCCCUCACGCCUACGAGCUUCAGCCCUCGGAUGCCAUCGGCUUGCUCUUUGUGGCCUCCUUCUUGGUCGCGCGCAAACCGAGCUACCUGAUCUACGCCAUAAAUCCCUUUCGCAACGUUAUCCUUGUGGGCUUGCAGGAGGUAUUCCCAAUUCUGUCUGAGACACGCCCGAACCCAGAGUAUUACCGGAACAUUGCCUCGGCCACCGUGCAACUUCUGUGCGGGCUGGCCAUACUGGCUUUCACAACACCCCAGCCCAUCGGCACCGGCACCAGCUGGGCGCUCCAGGUUUGGGGUUUAGGGUUUAGGGCCUUGCUAAGACUUUGUCAAAGCUUUGCACCUGCCGGGGCCAAGACUGUGAACACGCUGCUACUGCUCACGGCUGUCGCGGCCACGGUCAGCGCUUUGGAGAAGCAGAGCGAGAGCUUCACCAACUUUAUGUCAGAGGACCAUGGUUUGAAGAUCAUCUUCUCUGUUUUGCUGGGCAUCAGUGAGGAAGUCUCCUGGCGAGAGGUGUACAUGGCUGACAACAACAACUCUUUGCAGGCUUUCACAUGGGGCAUGAACCACGUCGUGGCAGGCACUGGUAUGGACAAUCCGUUGGUUUACGGCCUUGUAAGUGGGGGCUACGCUUUCCUUCUUGGAGCCACGGACUUCAGAUCAUUGCGGUACUUCCACCAUGCCGCCGUCGAGUACUUUGUCAUCGACAACCUUGUCAGACCCGAAGGUCAUGAGAUUUGGUUGACGAUGAGCGUUCGCAGACUCUGCGGUGUUUUUGCUUGA